AGAAUGGCCACUCAUCUACUUAUCAGACAGUCGAGAACAUGGAGAUGGGAGAUACCAAUGUGGCUUCCAGUCCUAACGGCCAUGUGGUUGAUGCCAACAAAGAAUGCCAGGAUCUCGUUAUGGAGAAGAAAGAGUUUGACCACGGGAACUCAAGCCUCUGUUCUCGUGUCAUCAUGCGAGCACAGGAAGGCCUUAUCAAGGGAGCUCACUUACACAAGGUGAACUUGGAAAGGAAAACCAGCAACAAAUUCUAAUAUUAUUUUGAGAGUUAAUCUUUCUACGUAAGAAUUUGAAUUUAUUGUUGUGCGCCCCUCGGUUAAACAUUGGGAUCUGUGCACUAAAUUGUAUUACAUACAAAUUAAUAGUUUAAUGGGUUGAAUGGUUCCAAUUGUUCUUGUUCUGGGUUAUAUUAUUUCGGGUGUAGCAUUUUUUUAAGUUACAAAGAAAAUUAUAGUUCUAUUAGUGGUUUGUUUUAUUUCUUUCUAGACAUUUUUUUUUUCCUUUUGGCCGUGAAUUUUGUUUUGUUUGGUUUUAAAAAAAAAAAAAAAAAACAUUAAAAAAAAGAAAAAUUUUUUUUUUUUUUUUAUAUUUUUUUUUUUUUUCUUUUGGUGUUGAUUUUGUUUUUGUUUGUUGUAAAAAAAAAAAAAAAAAAAACAUUAAAAAAAAGAAAACGAAUUUCUGAUCUUUGCAGAAUAUCAUCAUGUCCGUUGUCGGCGCUGUCUUCUUAUUGCUCUACUUUGCCUACUUUGGAUACGCCAUGUACUACAGGUUUGGUGACGAGGGUUCCAUCCGGCUCUUGGUCUGCACAAUCAUAGGCGUGGUCAUGAUGGUCUACAACCUGGUCAUAGCCAAGAGGCUGGGUUUCUGCACUAUUCCACUGGACCGUUUUUUGAGUAGCACUGACCACAAGAAAGUUAGGAAAAUCAUACGAUGGUGAGCUCUUAAUCAACACUUGUAGUUAAAGUUAAUAUAAGUAUUUCUAUUUUAAUUAUGUUAAUGGCUUCUCAGUUUGCUCACAAUCUCCCAAGGAAUUAAUGAUGAAAAUGUACUACAAAUUAUAUUUAGACUUGCGAUUACAUGCCAAACAAUUACAGUCGCACUCUUUAUUCAGCGGUGAUUUUUCUUCUUAAGAAUCGAACGUUUGGAAAAAAUAAGGUCAAACAAUUUGAAUAAGACUUUCAGUUUCAGGAGGUUUGGUGAUUAAUGUUAUUGAAAGGGAAGCUCCCAUUCCCAUCCCCCACUUUUUUUUCCGGGGUCAAAUACAUCGAUCAAAAUCAGUGUCACUUAUACGAGCGAUGCUGAUUUUGAUAUCAUUUUGUGAUUUAGUUGCAAUCUACAUUGUCCGAAGACGAAUAUAAUUUCUAAAAAAAAAAAAUCUUUUUGUCUUGGCAAAGUGAGUAUGUCAUGCAAAUAAUUUUAAAGAGACAUUUCUUUAAUUCACUACAUACUUUUACGCAAGCCAGCAAAAAGCUCUCCAAACUAACUUUCCUUUAUGGCGUGAAGUGAAAAGUGACAUUCCCAUCAGUCUAGAUUUGUGUUCGUACAGCUAUGCACCAGGAACGUAAAGGCAAGGUAAGCUGGUUCAAUCGGGAGAAAGCCAACGGGUCCAACGUUUUAGUCAAAGUUUUCUUUCUGUAAAAGCAUUAUGAAUCUUGGUCAAAUUCGUUGUAAGCAAUCUCUGUUUUUAGGGCUCUUUAUAUAUCAAGUGCAGUUGCCAUGGUGACGGUACUCAUCGUUGUCGUUGCACUAGAUGAACCCAGAAAUCUACUCUCACUGGCCGGACUCGCCGCAUUUAUUUUCAUCUGCUUCAUUACAUCGUACAGUCCUGCUAUGGUAAGGAUUGUGUAAGAUGUCGGCUAAGGUGGGUUGCAUGUAGGCUGUCUGCAUUGGUGAGUUGCGUGUACGCUUUCUGUUAUGGUGAUUAUUAUGUAAGAUGUCUUCUGCGCUGAGUUGCAUAUAAGCUAUCUGCUAUGGCGAGUUGCAUGUCAGCUGUAUGCUAUGGUGAGCUGCAUGUAAGCAGGGUUUUUUUUCAGGCAUCUCUAGGGGGGAAGGGGGCACUGACCCCCAGUGAAAGUCAAGUGCCCCCCGGGGCUAAAAAAGAAUGUUCAAAAACUAUGGAAUGAUUAUAUAUUAUUUUAAUCAAAAUAACUAGUGUCAUUUUUAAAAAGUUUUGUUUUUUUAAGUAUCUGGUGCCUUUAUCUGAUUACAGUUAGUGCAGUCUAUUAAAAAUCGUUACUCUCGACAUAUUUUAUUACAUAUAUAUAUUCAAGGCCAAUCUUGUUAAAAGCUUACAGUGUUCGAUUAUAAAUAUAUUACUGUCCACUCCAAAUUUUAAGCCGAAGUCUUACUUUCCGUUGUUGGCGCAUUUCGAUAUUUCAACUUUUUUCAAAUUCACAAAUUCAAAUAUUUGGCCGAUCUCCCUUUCACAAUACAAACUGUGCAAUUGUCAGAUAAUUCCGCACUUCAAAUAAAAAAAAGGGAGACUUGGUGAAAAACCUCAUCCUCCUCCUUUCUACGCCACUGGAAGGGGCGCAGCAUUAGUGGCGUAAGGGGACAUUAUUUAUUUUUAUGCCCCCCCCCAAUAACUCAGAACAAAAAAAUAUUUUCCAUUAAUAUCAUCAUUGUCCACUUUGGUGCCGCCUCUAGUCUGGCGCUCCGGGACGUAUGUCCCAUCUGCCACCCCGUAGCUACGUCUUUGGCCACUGCCCACUGGCAACUGGCACUGCCCCCCCCCCGAAUAUCUGAAAUCCUCCCCCCCCCGAGAAAAAGGUCUGAAACAAACACUGCAUGUAAGUUGUCAGCUAUGGUGAGUUGCAUGUAAGCUCUCAUCUAUGGUGAGUUGUAUGUAAGCUCUAAGCUAGGGUGAGUUGUAUGUAAGCUCUCAUCUAUGGUGAGUUGCAUGUAAGCUCUCAGCUAUGGUGAGUUGUAUGUAAGCUCUCAGCUAUGGUGAGUUGUAUGUAAGCUCUCAUCUAUGGUGAGUUGCAUGUAAGCUCUCAUCUAUGGUGAGUUGAAUGUAAGCUCUCAGCUAUGGUGAGUUGUAUGUAAGCUCUCAGCUAUGGUGAGUUGUAUGUAAGCUCUCAGCUAUGGUGAGUUGCAUGUAAGUUCUCAGCUAUGGUGAGUUGCAUGUAAGCUCUCAUCUAUGGUGAGUUGCAUGUAAGCUCUCAUCCAUGUUGAGUUGUAUGUAAGCUCUCAGCUAUGGUGAGUUGCAUGUAAGCUCUCAGCUAUGGUGAGUUGUAUGUAAGAUCUCAUCUAUGGUGAGUUGUAUGUAAGCUCUCAUCUAUGGUGAGUUGUAUGUAAGCUCUCAGCUAGGGUGAGUUGUAUGUAAGCUCUCAGCUAUGCUGAGUUGUAUGUAAGCUCUCAGCUAUGGUGAGUUGCAUGUAAGCUCUCAGCUAUGGUGAGUUGUAUGUAAGCUCUCAUCUAUGGUGAGUUGCAUGUAAGCUCUCAUCUAUGUUGAGUUGUAUGUAAGCUCUCAGCUAUGGUGAGUUGCAUGUAAGCUCUCAGCUAUGGUGAGUUGCAUGUAAGCUCUCAUCUAUGGUGAGUUGCAUGUAAGCUCUCAUCUAUGGUGAGUUGUAUGUAAGCUCUCAGCUAUGGUGAGUUGCAUGUAAGCUCUCAUCUAGGGUGAGUUGUAUGAAAACUCUCAUCUAUGGUGAGUUGUAUGUAAGCUCUCAGCUAGGGUGAGUUGCAUGUAAGCUCUCAUCUAUGCUGAGUUGUAUGUAAGCUCUCAGCUAUGGGGAGUUGCAUGUAAGCUCUCAGCUAUGGUGAGUUGCAUGUAAGCUCUCAGCUAUUGUGAGUUGUAUGUAAGCUCUAAGCUAUGGUGAGUUGUAUGUAAGCUUUCAUCUAUGGUGAGUUGUAUGUAAGCUCUCAUCUAUGGUGAGUUGCAUUUAAGCUCUCAGCUAUGGUGAGUUGCAUGUAAGCUCUCAGCUAGGGUGAGUUGUAUGUAAGCUCUCAGCUAUGGUGAGUUGUAUGUAGGCUCUCAUCUAUGGUGAGUUGUAUGUAAGCUCUCAUCUAUGGUGAGUUGCAUGUAAUCUCUCAUCUAUGGUGAGUUGUAUAUAAGCUCUCAGCUAUGGUGAGUUGCAUGUAAGCUCUCAUAUAUGGUGAGUUGUAUGUAAGCUCUCAGCUAUGGUGAGUUGCAUGUAAGCUCUCAGCUAUGGUGAGUUGUAUGUAAGCUCUCAGCUAUGGUGAGUUGUAUGUAAGCUCUCAGCUAGGGUGAGUUGUAUGUGAGCUCUCAUCUAUGGUGAGUUGCAUGUAAGAUCUCAGCUAUGGUGAGUUGUAUGUAAGCUCUCAGCAAGGGUGAGUCGUAUGUAAGCUCUCGUCUAUGGUGAGUUGCAUGUAAGCUCUCAUCUAUGGUGAGUUGUAUGUAAGCUCUUAUCUAUUGUGAGUUGCAUGUAAUCUCUCAGCUAUGAUUAGUUGUAUGUGAGCUCUCAUCAGUGGUGAGUUGUAUGCAUGCUCUCAGCUAUGGUGAGUUGUAUGUAAGCACUCAGCAGUGGUGAGUUGUAUGCAUGCUCUCAGUUUUUGUGAGUUGCAUGUAACCUCUAAGCUGUGGUGAGUUGUAUGUAAGCUCACAGCCAUCGGGAGUAGUAUUUAAGCUCUCAGCUAUGGUGAGUCACAUGUAAGCUCUCAGCUAUGGUCUUUAUCUAGUUGCCUGACAGUCUAAGUUGUUAUAAUGUAUGCACGACACAACACAGGUCGUGGGCCAGUCAGCAUAGUUUUCAAUAGUUCUGUUAUAAUUACCUAUGGGCGUAUGCCUACACAUAUUCAGGAAUAAAUUAAAUGUGUUCUUUUCAAAGUGAUAAUUUAAGAUGAUUAAAUUGUUGAAAUAAAAUAGAUUUUAAAAAAAUAUAAGAAACAUAUUCCGGGCUUUAAAAAGUCAAUAGGCGAUUUCGUCGACAAAGAUUUUAAUUUUUGUAAAAUAAAGACAAAAGAGAUGAUAUGAAUUUAGAGGUGAUUAAAACAAUGUUGAAAAAAUAAUGAAGAAAAUAUUUUAGGAUUAUAAAAAUUUAUUUGCAGAGAAAGCCACAUAAAAUGUUAACAGUGUGUUUCAAGACUCACUUUAUAAAAAUUUAAAUAAUUGCCUUAUCAACGUCCGCAAAUCGACUCGUCGGUGGAACCGCCUGUCGGCGAAUUGGCGGUGGAGAAACGUCCGAUUCGGAGCAGCUUGUUUGCCUCACAGAUGUAGUGAUCAAUAUUAUUUUAAUAUCUAAGCUGUUGGCAUAAGUAAAAAGAGGAAAUAACUAUGGAAUUUAGCUGCUGUAAUACUUUGGUUAUGAGCAACAAUUAUUUUAUACAAUAUUACAAUCUUUUUUUAAUGUAUGCUUUUUAUUAGUAUUUUUAAUGUUCACAUCUAAUACUCAAUAAUGUCGUUUUUAUCCUUUGUAUGACGGCUUUUCUAUGAAACAUUUAUGGAUACAAUUUCAGGUGAACUGGCACCCGGUGUACAUGGGGUUUGUAGUCCAGUUCUUCUUUGCUCUGAUCAUCUUGAAAACCCGCUGGGGAUUCGAGACGUUCAACUGGCUGGGUGACCGCGUCACAGAGUUCCUGGCCUACAGCAACGCCGGGGCAGCGUUUGUGUUUGGCGACUACGCCAGGAUCGUAUCAUUCGAUGGUCAAGUUAUCGAGUUCACCGGAGUCUACACCCUGCAUUUCUUUGCGUUUUCUGUGAGUAGCUUUAUUUAGCACUUCUAACCUGCUUGCAAGACUGAUCAACAUUUUACAUAGGUUUUGUCAGCGUGCGAAGAUUAUUUUCAACUUAACUGGAUUGAAACUGAACUAAAAAUGUAAAAGUAAAUCGUUUUGCCGUUUCAUACAAGGGAAGUAAAUCAAUACGUUCUCUGAAGAAUUAAAAAAUAAAUCGAUUAUAAAUACAUUAUUUAUUUUUCAGAUUAUGCCAGUGGUCACCUUCUUCAGUACAGUUAUUGCUGUCCUGUACUACCUCGGCAUUAUGCAGGCCAUCAUAAAGGUCAUUGGCCGAUUUCUAUCCUUCUGGAUGGGGACAACUCCUGCUGAAUCAAUCAGCGUGGCCGCAAACAUAUUCGUUUCCAUGGUAACUGAGUUAGUUCUAUUACCUUUUUCAUGAACCGUCAAAUUUCGCAUCCUUAUCAAAAUGAUCUUCUGCCUCAGCUGUAAGCCAUAAAAUCAUGUCGUCUUAGUCAACAUGAAGCAUUCAUUUAAAACUGGAAAUAAGCGGAAUCCACUCAUCUUAGAAACUGCUAAAGAAAGUAAGAAAGCCUCGUGCCCAGCUGUCAUACCUACUUGCGCUAGUGUCCCCACAAAGCAUUCUUGAAAGGAUCAGCUCGUAUAAAAUGAAUAGAAAAUUAUAUUAUUAAUUAGGACGAAAUUUAAAAAAAAAAAGUUGCUACUCUCAACUGAAUCGUAAAAAAGGGGAUGCACCUAUAAAUUGGAAUGUAAAUAUUUAAGCCAGAUCACAGCACCCAUUGAACUGCGGAGACGUAGGCACGUGAUCAACCUUUCCCUCGGGAGAUAUUCUGUCGGUGAUCACUGGAAGUUAGGGAAAAACUGUUUCAAGAUACAAUUUAAUUAGAACACGUGUUUUAACACAUGUCUCAGUGUGCCGACGUCUAAUGAUUUGUCUAUAUCUCAGACAGAGGCACCUUUAAUGAUUCGUCCAUUCCUGCCUAAAAUGACCAGCUCUGAGCUCCACACUGUGAUGGUGGGGGGCUUUGCCACAAUCGCUGGAAGUGUUCUGGGAGCUUACAUUGGAUUCGGGGUAAAUCUUUUAAUACGAAUAAUUUACUUUAUGUCAUAAUAAUUAAUCUUGACAUAAAAACGUAAAACAUGGCUUUAUUUAAAAAAAAAAACAAAGUCGUAAAUAUUUAUGAAUAUAUGCCUGGAUAUAAUGCUGAAGGACUGCGCUGCACAUACUCAAGUGUCUUGAUACAAUUUACACUGAUGCAUUUAAAAAAAAAAUUAUUAUUAUUUCUGAUUCUUGCCACGAUACAAUAUAAAUCGCACAUACAAACACGAACUAUGUCCAACAGUUCAAGGGUUAUAGUCACUGUCGUUUAUCACCAACCUGACCGACUUCUAGGUGCCCGCUGAUCACUUGCUCUCGGCCUCAGUCUUGUCUGCCCCGGCGGCGCUAGCAAUAUCCAAACUGCUGUACCCUGAAAUCGAAGUGCCCGUGGUCAAACCUGAAGACUACGACAAAAUGGAAAAAACGUACGUGCUUUAAGGAAUCAUUAGCAAAAGACUGGUAGCUGUAAAUAGCUUAUUGGGUACAUCUGCUCAUAAAUACAUUAGAACUCAAAGAAUAAAAUUAGAGCAACUCAGUCAUUGUUUGCCAUUCGAUGAGAUAAUAAUUUGAUUUGGCGAGCUUAUUCUUUAAAUUUGAUAUUUUGAUUAUAAAGAUGAAGGCUCCCUCUACCAACGUAAUAACUAUUUUAACUUUAAAAAAAAGAAAAGAUUUAGUAUGAAUUUUUAAAACAACUUAUGAUGAAAACAAAUAUUUCGGUAAAUUAUAAUUAACUAUAGCAUAUUGUUUAUUGGUUAAACAUGUCUAACUAUUAUAUCCUCUUGUCCUUAAAUAUAACUCUAGCAGCUAGAGUAACUACAGAGUCUGAGUUUAUAUAGCGUCUAGAAUAACUACUGGAGACGUAGAGUUUCUUAAGUAGCCAUAAUAGAGAAACCACACUGGUUAGACCUUACAAAUUACACAAAGUGACUACAUCAGCUAUUGAGUAACACGGAUGUCUUUCUUAUCUGUUCAUAGAACAAGCUGUCUCAAUAAUUGUGAAAACGACUCACGUUAUUAUGGUGUACAGUAGUUUUAAACAGAUUUAUAUUUGUACACUUAUUUCAUAGUCCGUGUACGAGUCCAUUUUGUUUACCCCCCACAGUGGAGAAAGUAACGUCAUUGAAGCAGCUUGUAACGGCGCCAACAUCUCGGCUAAAAUCAUAGCAGCUAUAAUCGUCAACGUCAUGGCUUUCCUCUCACUCUUGAAAUUUGUCAACGCCACGCUGACCUGGUUUGGUGACAGGGUUGGAGUUCAAAACCUGACCUUUGAGGCAAGUAUCGUCCAAUGUCGUUUUUUUUUAAUGUACACAUCUCAUUGUACACAUCUCAUUGUACACAUCUCAUUACCUGAGAGGAAAGUAUAGAAAAUACAAUGAAUGUCACUUCGACGUCUACACAUAGGAAAUGUCACUUAUUGUUAGGAUUUCGAAAGGUUGCGUUUAAUUUAAAUUUAAAAGCUUUAUACUAUUCGAAACUCUUAUAAUUACUUCUAAUCUGUUCUUUGUAAUACAAUGACUGUCAACAUUAUCUGUAUUUCCGUUGUAAGACAACUCCAUACGUAUCACUUAAUGUCAAUCAACAGCUGAUCUGCUCUUACGUCCUCUAUCCCAUUGCACUGUUCAUGGGCACUGAGCCAGAGGACUGUCGCAAAAUGGCGGAACUCGUUGGACUUAAAACGUUCACCAAUGAAUUUAUUGCAUACGAGUAAGUUAUCACUUCAUAUAGGUUACACUAAGUGAAGGUGCAACCAAUGGUGUAACAAUCCUGACAUUUAUGUUGAUGAUAAUAAUACAAUACUAUCACUACUACUACUGAUAAUAGAAAAGUUAGAGCUAGAUGUUUUGUUAUUAAGAAGUUAGUGUGUCGGUGUCACUCAAAGGGGUGAACUCAUGGUGUCAGCCCCGUCACCACCCCUUCUUUCCUGACUUCCCGCAUCGAUCUCUCUGAAUCUCCCCGUAUUAGAGCUCAUAGAAUUCACUUAAAGUUAAGUUAUUAAAUUGACGUUAAUUCAACCAACGGCAUCUGGGACCACUGUGUUGCAAACGUCAUUACGGGCGCCUUUGUCAUAAAUUAACACAUUUUAUGCUUCCAUGAGAUCCGAUUAUGGACCUGAUACAAGCGCUUACGAAUCAAUCUGGUGGGAACCUGCUCUUGUUUUUAAAUUUUACGAUCGGUAAUGCAGGUGACGCGAAAGAGAGUUCGGUCAAAAAUGUCCGUAUUCAUUUUGGUGUCACGCCCUUGUGAGGGUGUCUACCGGUCCAGCCGCAUACCACACACUCCCAGUUUAGGUUACUGGGCUAUUUGUAGGAGGCGGAGAAGUAGUAAUGUUGGUAAUAAUAAUUAUUAUUCACUCUAUCUAGUAAUACUUCAGUUUUUAAAUUAAAAUAUGUGUUGGGGCACUUUUUGGUCUCGUCUACUCUUCGAAUAUCACAAUGCUCCAAUUUAAGAUACAAUUUCGAUAUCAGGAAAUUAUCAGGACUAAUCAAGAACCGAAAGAUAUAUCUUAACUACGUUGUUACACAUGCACAAAACUACUCGAGCUACGUAGACGGCGAUGACCUGGUCUUAGGCGAUGGGACGAGACUGCUCAAUGGCAUAAUGUCGGUACGUGUGUAAUUUAGGAAUAAUUUCGGUACGGGUGUAUUGUUGGUAUUCGUUAAAAAAAUAUUGGAAUAAUGUUGAUACGUAUGUAAUGUCGGUAAGCAUGGCAAGCAGAGAAUAACAGCGCAUCCUACAGAAACUAUACACAUAAUUAAACUAUACACAUAAUUGGCAGAAACUCAACAAUUAUAAAAAAAUGUGACAAAUUCAUUUAGUUUUUUUUUUUCGUUUCAGCAAAGGUCACAGAUCAUAGCCACAUACGCCCUAUGCGGUUUUUCAAACAUCGGCUCUAUGGGGAUCCUUCUAGGGAGUAUGUCUGCCAUGGCACCACAGCGAAAGUCAGCAAUGUCCAAAAUAGUCCUUAGAGCCAUGAUUGCAGGAAACAUAGCGUGCUUCUUUACGGCGUGUAUAGCAGGUGAGUUGAUUCAAGUGUUAGAUGUAUUUCAAGGGGUCACUUAUACGCCUAAUCCAUUUAGCAGGUGAGUUGACGGUACUUUACGUUCAAAGCUCUUGAUUUACGCGAUGCUAUCGGAAAGUCCCGGGACUGACUCUAAGAAAAUCAGCUGGGAACUAAGAUUAUAGCGGCGUGAGUCAUCUUCAGAUAUCCUGCGUGAUGAUAUGAAUGUACCCUCUACAACCAACUCCCGUCAUGUGACAAACCCCCUGAUCUGUUUGUCAGCGAUCCUCCUCGACUUGUAGAUUGAUUACCUCAACAGCUUCAAUCAUUUAGCCGGUGACUGGUUUUUCUGAAAGUUAUUUGCCAUGAAACGUGCGUGCCAUUCAAAAUUCUGCGUUAUUUUUUUUUUACCCAUAAUGAGAUAUCAUAGCUGCCCUAGCAUGAGGUUAACACAAACAAUGGUAGCAACUAAACUCUAGCAAACAGGGUAGCGCAACUCGGCACACAGAUUCAGGAGACCUGGACGCAAAGACAUUCAACGUGAAAGCUGUGUUGGGGGAGCGGUAAAGUCUAGGAGAAUCCAACCUCUGAAAUUGCUGGUGUCACUGCGUGCAGUGGGUGUUUGGUUUGCAUGUUGUUGAGAUUUCAUUGCUGUUCAUUACUAUGACUUUUAUCUAUGAAUUACUCUGAAUUAAUGGCUUGCUUAUUGAAAGAAAUGGAUAUAUAACUGAGCCAAAUGUACAUAAAUUGUUUCCUUUUCAGGUUUAUUUUUCCAAGAAUUCAAGUAAAUGCAAUGUAGAGUAAUACUCAUGACCUUGACAAAAUCUUACAGCUGCACAGAAUAUCUUUAAUUCAAGUUGUUUAUUAAAUAGUAUUUUUGUCAUGAGAAAAUAAAAUUCAGCAGAAAACGUAUAAUGUCGUUUUGAAAAGAAUUAAAUAAUUGGCAAUAUAUUUUAUGCAUAGCCUCUCCCUGUGUGUCUGUCUGUCUCACUCUCCCUCUCUAACAUACUCAUACACACAGACACACACACACAUAUAUAUACAAACACGCAAACUCGCACACAUUCUCUUGGAAUUUUCUCAUUAUUGGAAUCCACAUUCUCUUACUGUCUGUCUCUCUCUCCCCCCCCCCCUCAACCACCCUCUCGUUUGUCUUAAGAUUGUAAAUACUUCUUUAAGGGCACUUUGUGUGUAACACCAACUUAUUGUUUAAGAAUUAAAUAAUUUACUACGACACUUGACUUUUUCGAGUAAAACUUUGUACAAACAUCCCUUUUCAGUCACUGUGGUGACACAAUAUUGUACACACAAUAUUUGUUAAAACGAUUAGAGACCCCCCCCCCC